CCACUUCUUUCUCAGGGAAAGACUCCUUGAAAGAGAACAGACGAUCUCGCCUCCAAUUGUCUCAGUCUAACGUCAUGGAAAGAGUUACUUCGUAUCGGGGCUGUAAGGAAAUAGAGCCACAGAAACAAUACCGGCUCGCCUAAAGCGGGAUGAUGCGCUGUUGUGAUUUUUAAAAGGAUCGAGCGAAGAUGCCCAGCAACCUGCUUUCGAGACUCGGGGAGCAAGUUUGUGUCUGAGGGGAAGGAAGGACGGGAAUGUGGAGCUGCCGCUUCACCAUGUACACGGAUACAAUCGUUAUCAACCAAAGUGCACUUUUUGGAAUUAUUUGCCUCCGGGACCGUUUCCAGGAUCCGUAAUGUGACGAAAGUGCGAGAAGUGGGGGGAGAAAAAAAAACGAAAGGUUCCGGUUCACUUUUGGAUUAUCAAAAGUCUCGUUGCAGGAGCUAGAUUGUGAAACCGGUUUUUAAACCGACUCGUUUGUUACACGAAAGUAGAACUCUGGGCAUUAACGAGGGCAUUUGGGUGCAUGCAAAUGACUUAGACUAAAGAUUGAAUGCAUCGAUGGGCUAGUAAUAUUCUCAAAAACAUUGGGGUGCAGGUCGAGCUUAGUCAUUAAUAAAUCAGGCGUAGUAAACAGUUGUUGACUGACGGUGCUGUCGCACACCUGACCCAUGUCAUGUGAGAUGAGUUGAAAUAUUCAUUAAAGUGUCCUAGAUGUUUCCAAUACAGCUGCUCAGCACCAUGUGCGUGUAGAUUGUUUUGGAACUAUUGAUAUUAUUGUUUUGUAACCGGCUCUGGAUCAGGUCAAGAUGUCGGUGAAAGCCAAAGCCUUGUACACCUUUCAAAGUGAAAACAAAGAGGAGAUUAGCAUCCAGGAGAACGAGGAACUGAUCAUCUUUGACGAGAACUCGGUGGAUGGGUGGUUCCAAGGGGAGAACAGCCGAGGGGAGAGAGGUCUCUUCCCGGCGUCCUACGUGGAAGUCAUUCGCACGCGUUCCAACUCCAACGUGACCGACUGCUCCAUCAGCCCGGCGGGUUCUUUGGGCAAUGACUCCUAUUUCCUGCCCUCCACUACGAACACCACCCUCAACACGCAACCGACGUACUACGAUAUCGACGAUGACGACGACUGGGACGACUGGGACGACAGGUCCACCGUGGUGGAGGACGCUGAUAUCGAGCGCAGCCCCGGGGCCAAUGGUCACUCGCAUCAGAACCCGCCAUCCAACAACCCCAACGUGCACUACAGGGCCAAGCCGCCCAUGGAGAGGCAGGACAGCAUCUCCAGCGGGAGGAAAGGCAGCAUGGUGGGCCGCAAUUUGAACCGCUUCUCCAGUUUCGUCCGUUCUGGCGUGGAAGCGUUUGUGCUGGGGGACGUGCCCAUGAUGGCGAAGAUAGCCGAGUCCUACACCAUCGAGAUGAGCCCCCAGGGGCCCAGAUGGAAGGAGAGCCCUCAGCCUUUCUCCUGCUCCAUCGAAGACCCCACCAAGCAAACCAAGUUUAAAGGCAUCAAGACGUACAUUUCGUACCGCGUGACACCGAGCCACACGGGUCGGCCCGUGUACAGGCGCUACAAGCACUUUGACUGGCUCUACAAUCGCCUGUUGCACAAGUUCACCGUGAUCUCGGUGCCUCACCUGCCGGAGAAGCAGGCCACGGGGCGCUUCGAGGAGGACUUCAUCGAGAAGCGCAAGCGGCGGCUGAUCCUGUGGAUGAACCACAUGACCAGCCACCCGGUGUUCUCCCAGUACGAAGGCUUUGAGCACUUCCUGAUGUGCGCCGACGACAAGCAAUGGAAGCUGGGCAAGAGGCGGGCCGAGAAGGACGAGAUGGUCGGGGCGCACUUCAUGCUGACCCUUCAGAUCCCCAACGAGCACCAGGACCUUCAAGACGUGGAAGAACGCGUUGACACCUUCAAGAACUUUGCCAAGAAGAUGGACGACAGCGUCAUGCAGCUCACUCACGUCGCCUCGGAGCUGGUUCGCAAGCACUUGGGCGGCUUCAGGAAGGAGUUCCAACGACUGGGCAACUCAUUCCAGUCCAUCAGCCAGUCGUUCAUGCUGGACCCUCCGCACAGCUCCGAGGCCCUCAACAACGCCAUAUCCCACACUGGCCGCACCUACGAGAACAUUGGCGAGCUGUUCGCGGAGCAGCCCAAGUACGACCUCUUCCAUAUGCUGGACACGCUGUCGCUCUACCAAGGCCUGCUAGCCAACUUCCCAGACAUUAUUCAUCUACAAAAAGGUGCCUUUGCCAAGGUGAAAGAAAGCCAGCGGAUGACCGACGAGGGCAAGAUGGACCAGGACGAGGCCGACGGCAUUCGGAAGCGCUGCCGGACGGUCGGCUUCGCGCUGCAGGCCGAGAUGAACCACUUCCACCGUCAGCGUGAGGUGGACUUUAAGGACAUGAUGCAGGCGUACCUCAGGGAGCAGAUCGCCUUCUACCAGCGCGUGGUGCAGCAACUGGAGCGCACGCUGCGCAUGUACGAAUGUCUUUAAGGAAUGCCGCGUGCCAAACUUGGAGGACGCCCCGGAUUGCGCAUUUUCCCGAGACUGACUGUGCACCUAUCACAUCACGGACGACGACGUCGCAGCAUAUUGUUUAUUUUACAUAAUUUAAGGUAUUAUCGCAUUACGUGUAGGUUUUAAAUUCCCGUAGCGGAUCGUUCGCACGAAAGCCAUCAAACGGGUUCAGUCACCUUCCCCUCGUCGUCUCACGUUCAACAAAUACGAUUUGGCUCGAUCUGUGGAGCAGUCACCCAUCCAUAUGCUGCUGAAGUGCCUUAAAGCCACAUUUCCAACAAGCGGUCUCGUUCAGUUCAGUACGCUUAAUUGUGAUAUUUACCCAAAUGUAGUGUUGAUAAGUGGUUCCAUAUGCAUAAAACGCAAACCUUUAAAUACCUGACCACUGCAGUAGUUUGUGCUACACAGUGGCAGUUUUUAACGCAACAGCGAAUCAAUGGAAAGAGAGCUUUUGUUCACAAUGUUUUGUCAUUGUGUUCAAUGAAAAAUAAUAUCUGAAGUACUACAGGUAUCGAUACUCGGUAUCGAUGAGUACUCCAAGAUUAAAUACUCGUAUUGGUAUCGGUCUGACAAAACAGUGGUCUCGAACAUCCCGAGUGGAAAGCUUUGGAAUAACGGGCUCGCCGUCGACUUAAGUUAGCAUUUUUGCGUUGCUAACGGGAAAUAUGUAGACAAAGGCGGAAUGUUUGAGGGAAUCUAAGCAAGAAUCUGAACAGAAUUGUUUUUUUUAAGGACAUGUGACCAAAAAUGGCACUUUUUGUGUCGGGGGAGGGGGGAGUAAUAGAUUUUGUGACGCAUGUGUAUUUUUUCCAUGCACAACUGAUAUGGAAUGAAUGCUUUUGACAAGCUCUGUGACGUGAAUGAAGAUUUUUCCCGUGUCGGAUUGGCAUUCCCCUGUGCUCAUUUUGAGAUGACGACAUUCCUAAAAGUACCGAUUCAGCAUCCUAAAAAUGAACAGAUCCGUUCGUGGGUGCAAAUGUUGCCGUCUACACGUUUUAUUCUUGUUAGUUUUUUUUUUUAUACUCUUUAAUCAUGUCUAUCUGGCAUUUUCUCCCACCAGUCUGAAUUUUCCGACGUUUUUCUUUUUUUUUUUUUUCUAUUGCAGAGCUCAUUUUUCUCUCUGCUUUUGUAAUUGAAUCUGUCCUUGCGUGUGAGGAAAAUGUGCAGGCAGCCUCUGACAAAGAGCAAAAAGGAAAAGCGGAAAGGGUUUAGCUUGUGAAAAUCCCCUUCGAAAUAAAAUGCGGUUUCACGCUUGCGGUGAAACUUGACAAAUUAUUUUAGAUGUGUUGACCUUGAGAUUUUACAGGAUGUC